AUGACUUUGCCAUCACCCGAAAAUCCAAGCCCUGAUAAUACACCCAAAUUGCAAGACACGGUGAUUCCCAGCAACCACGGAACUCCUCCCCCAACACCUCCUUCCCAGCCAGCUCCCAAUGUGUCUAGCGGUCAACCUGCUGAAUCAACACUCAAGGACGUUCAGCAUUUCUCGGACAAACAGCACCAACAUUCUGAAAUUCCAGCCGGAGAUCAAGGAGCCACCAACCUCAAUCCCUACCUCUCUCCUCCCUAG